ACUGCCAAAGCCUCUGCAAGGAAAGACACGAGAGUGAGAGAGAGGAGAGAGAAAAAGCAGGUUAUUUAUAAAGUCAGGCAGUGGUAGGGUAUCUUCACUCGGGUCUGCAAACUGUCUGCCGCUGGGAGGUCACUCCAAAAGAAAAACCCUGCAGUGCCCAUGACCUGCAAGCACAAUAUUUGAUCAGGACUGCGGGGCGGGCACCAACCCUGGCAAAUUGAGAUACACACAUGCUCUUUAAUACACAGGAGAUCAGGCAGACGAACACUGAGGCUUUGGAAAAGGGACUCUGAGUCUGGUUCCAUGAGGUUCUGCACAAUGCACUGGGCUUCUGUCCUGAUAGUAGCUGGGCUGUGUGGGGUCUCCCAUGGCCAGUAUGAAGAUGAAGAAGAUAUGUACUGGUUGCAUCAGUACCUUCGCAGCCAGGCGUCGUCCUAUAACUACAUGCCAUACUACGAGGAUGAGGUCCCCCAUUACCCUUAUGUCCCACCUGGGUCCCCCUUUGUGGAGCCCAUCCUUGAGCCUGUUUCCCGGGAAUGCCCCCAGGAGUGCGACUGCCCCCCCAACUUCUCCACGGCGUUGUACUGCGACAGCCGCAACCUGAGGUACCUUCCCUUUGUGCCUUCCAGGAUGAAGUACGUCUACUUCCAGAACAACCAGAUCACCACCGUCCAAGAGGGGGCUUUCGACAACGCCACAACGCUGGAAUGGAUUGCGCUGCAUGGCAACCAGAUAACCAGUGAGAAGAUGGGCAAGAGGGUCUUUGCCAAGCUCAAGAACCUGGAGAGGUUGUAUCUGGAUAACAACAACCUGACCAAGAUGCCCAGCCCCCUGCCCAGGUCCCUGAGAGAACUCCACCUGGCUUACAAUCAGAUCACCAGGAUCCCAUCCAACGCUCUGGAGGGUUUGGAGAACCUUACUGCCCUGUAUCUCAGCCACAACCAGAUCCAUGAUAUAGGAGCAUCUUUCAAAGGGUUAAAGUCCUUGAUCCUUGUUGACCUGAGCUACAAUCACCUCAGGAAGGUCCCCGAUGGCCUCCCAAGCUCUUUGGAGCAGCUCUACCUAGAGCACAACUACAUCUACACCAUCCCUGAUGAGUAUUUCAAAGUGUCCCCCAAGCUGCUCUAUAUCAGGCUGUCCCACAACAGCCUGACCAAUGAUGGGCUCUCCUCCAACACCUUCAACACCAGCAGCAUCCUAGAGCUGGAUCUGUCUUAUAACAGGCUCCAGAAGAUCCCCCGGGUUAGCACCAACCUCGAGAACCUCUACCUCCAAGGGAACCAAAUCAAUGAAUUCUCCAUCAGCAGCUUCUGCACAGUCGUCGACGUCAUGAACUUUUCCAAGCUCCAGGUCUUGCGGCUGGAUGGGAACGAGAUCCAACGGAACGCGGUGCCCCCGGAUGCCCCCCUCUGCCUGAGGCGUGCUGCCGUCAUUGAGAUUUAAACCCCCCCCUUCCCCCCGUGCUCUCCUCCAGUCCUCAGGGCAGCACCACACCCGCUCCAGUAAUCCAGGCUGGGGGGGAGGUUCACUCUCGUUUUAACGCGGCUUGAUGGUUUGUUUGGCUUCUGCAGUAGCGUAAUAUGGGUGGCACAAUAGUAACCUGUGCAGGGUUCCCUGCCAGAGUAGGAGGGAUGUGUCAUUAAUUCCACCCACUAGAUGCUACCCCUUUUAGCCUAUUAGGUCACACCAGUAUGGAGGCAGGUCUCUGCUUUGUCCUAUAAAAACCCUACGGUUCUCUCUCUAACCAGCCAAUCAGUUCUCUUGAUGAUUCCCCACCAUUGUCUUGCGGCACGCGUGUCCAUGCGGCUCCCACCAGCAUGGGUGGAUUGCCCAGAGGGGACUCAAGUUGUCUCUAUUCAAAUGCAUUGGAUUUGAAAGUUUGAUGCCAGCUGGGAUGGUUUUGGAGUUCAUGUUCUGUGUAGGAGGAACUGUGGUAAAGGGAUCAGAGACGAGGGAGGAGGAGAAUUCAAGUUUUUCAAAGGUAGUGUGGAAAAACAGAACAGGC